AUACCAGGUGCUGGCGAUUUGUCUGCUCUGAGAUAACCCGACCUGUCCUAUUCUUUUUACUUCUUUGAAUUCGCCUUAUAGAAUUAUACCGGACUUCGUCUUUUCUAUAUAACACCUUUUUUUUUCUCUAUCCGGGGGGAGAGCUAUUUUCUUCCAUCACCAAAAAUGUUCGGCGCCGUAUUAAGAAGGCAAGGCCUACUCAGGACCGCAUCCCUCAGAUCGGGGUUUAUGCCCUUGGCCAGAUACUAUGCAUCCUACCCGCCUCACACAGUCGUCAAAAUGCCUGCGCUGUCGCCCACGAUGACGGCCGGUAACAUUGGCGCAUGGCACAAGAAGCCCGGUGACACCAUCGCCCCCGGUGAGGUUCUGGUAGAGAUCGAGACGGACAAGGCUCAGAUGGACUUCGAGUUCCAAGAAGAAGGUGUUAUCGCUAAGAUUCUCAAGGAUGCCGGCGAGAAAGACGUCCCCGUUGGCAACCCAAUUGCUGUUCUCGUCGAGGAGGGUGCCGAUAUUUCUCCCUUCGAGUCCUUCAGUCUCUCAGAUGCAGGUAGUGACGUCGCAAAACCGGCACCCAAAGAGGAGAAGAAAUCGGAUGCGCCGUCUGAUGCGGCCUCCGCUCCGGCCCCGACAUCCACCCAAGAGCCGGAACAAUACUCUCACGAAGGAAAGAUCGAGCCCGCUCUUGACCGACUACCUAAUAUCAGCGCUGCGGCCCUGCAAUUGGCAAAGGAGAAGGGUGUCGCUGUUUCCUCUCUCAAGGGUACCGGCCCCGGUGGUAAGAUCACGGAAGACGAUGUCAAGAAGGCCACCUCCGCUGCCGGUCCCUCCGUCUCCCCUGUUGUCUCUUACGAAGAUAUCCCUCUAUCCAACAUGCGAAAGACCAUCGCCAAGCGCCUCCAAGAGUCUUUUAGGGAGAACCCUCACUUCUUCGUCAGCACCCAGAUCUCCGUCACCAAGCUUCUAAAGCUCCGACAAGCUCUGAACAGCUCGGCCGAGGGCAAGUACAAGCUGUCCGUUAACGAUUUCCUUAUCAAGGCUAUUGCUGUCGCUUCCAAGAAGGUUCCUGCUGCCAACUCCGCCUGGAUCGGUGACGCUGUCCGCAAGUACAACAACGUUGACGUUUCCGUCGCCGUCGCUACUCCCAACGGUUUAAUCACUCCUAUCGUCACUGGUGUCGAGGCCCGCGGUCUAGAGUCCAUCUCUGCCAAGGUCAAGGAACUCGCCAAGAAGGCCCGUGACAACAAGCUCAAGCCCGAGGAAUACCAGGGCGGCACUAUUUCCAUCUCCAACAUGGGAAUGAACCCUGCCGUCGACAACUUCACCGCCGUCAUCAACCCCCCGCAAGCUACUAUCCUGGCUGUCGGUACCACGAAGAAGGUUGCCAUCCCCGCCGGUGAGGAUGGUACCGGUAUCGAGUGGGACGACCAGAUCACCGUUACUGGAAGCUUCGACCACAAGGUAGUUGACGGUGCAGUCGGUGCAGAAUGGAUCAAGGAAUUCAAGAAGGUUGUAGAGAACCCUCUUGAGCUGUUGCUGUGAACGAACAAAAUUACGUACUUAGGGGCGUCAGGAAAUGAUUGGUCAUAGACACGGGAUGACAUCCAUUUGUAGCAUUAUGCCGCAUGAACUGUAUAAUAAAUUUUACAAAAGUGAAUAUUGAGAGACGAACCUAAUUUCUACUCUG